AUGGGUACCGGCAAGAAGGAGGCCGCACGUAAAGUGCGGCAGGGGAAGGUUGAUGAUGGCAUGGGCAACGUGAAGACUAAAGGUGAAAACUUUUACCGCGAUGCGAAGAAGAUUAAGACCUUGAACAUGUUCAAGGAUGGCAAGGCUCGACGCAACGCCGCUGGAGAAAUCACUGUCUCCGCUUCUUACCAGUCUCGGGAUGCCCCUGUUGCUCGCAUUGAGCCCAACCGCAAAUGGUUCGGCAACACCCGAGUUAUCUCGCAGGAGGCUCUGACCUCCUUUCGCGAGGCUGUCGCCGAGCGUGCGUCCGACCCGUACCAGGUGCUGCUCAAGACCAACAAGCUCCCCAUGAGUUUGAUCCGGGACAACGAUACCGUGAACGGGCUGAAGCAGCAUCAGGCGAAGAUGGAGAUUGAGAACAACCCAUUUAAUGAUACCUUUGGCCCCAAGGCUCAGCGCAAGCGUGUCAAGCUGGGCGUGACUUCUCUGGAAGAUCUUGCUGGCGAAACGGCGAAGUUACACGACUCAUACCAAGAGAAGAUGGAUCAGGGGACCCAUGACGAUGGCACUCCUAUUGUCGCCAGCGAUGUCGGUGCUUUGGAACAUACCACCUUCACCACCGCCCGUGAGGCUGUCUUCUCGAAGGGUCAGAGUAAGCGUAUUUGGAAUGAGCUUUACAAGGUCAUCGACUCUUCGGAUGUCGUGAUCCAUGUUCUGGAUGCUCGUGACCCCGAUGGUACUCGCUGCCGGAGCGUUGAAAAAUACAUCCGCGAGGAAGCACCCCACAAGCAUCUGAUCUUCGUCUUGAACAAGACCGACCUGGUCCCGACCGGUGUUGCUGCUGCUUGGGUUCGUAACCUGUCCAAAGAUUACCCUACUCUCGCGUUCCACGCAAAUAUCAACAACUCCUUCGGCAAGGGAUCUCUGAUCCAACUUCUUCGUCAGUUCUCAUCUCUGCACUCAGAUCGCAAGCAGAUCUCCGUUGGUUUGAUUGGAUACCCCAACACGGGCAAGUCCUCUAUCAUCAACACUCUUCGCAGGAAGAAGGUCUGCACGGUUGCUCCCAUCCCGGGUGAGACCAAGGUGUGGCAGUACGUCACGCUUAUGAAGCGCAUCUACCUGAUUGACUGCCCUGGUGUGGUUCCGCCAAACCAGAAUGACACGGAGGAGGAUAUUCUUCUGCGCGGUGUGUGCCGUGUGGAGAACGUCCACAACCCUGAACAGUACAUCCCUGCCGUCCUCCGCCGUGUCCAGCCUCGCCACCUGGAGCGCACUUACGGUAUCAAGGAGCCUGCUGAUGCUAUCGAUUUCCUGAGCCGCCUUGCUCGCAAGGGUGGUCGGCUUCUUAAAGGAGGCGAGCCGGAUCUGGACGGUGUUGCAAAGAUGGUGAUUAACGAUUUCCUUCGUGGAAAGGUUCCCUGGUUUACCCCUGCUCCUAAGGGAGCCGCUGGCGACAGUGAGAAGAUUGAAGGCCGUGAAGGCCGCCUGGGAGAAAUGGCUCGUAAGCGCAAGCUGGACGAUGCUGCCUCUGAGCCCGCUGAUGAAGCUGAAGCUGAAGCCGAAGCUGAAGCCGAGUCAUCAGAGUCGCAGCCUGACGGUCAGUUCGAAGGCUUUGAUGAAAAUGAUGAUGACGAUGAUGAUUCUAUCGCCAACCUCGAGAUCAGUGAUGUGGAGAGUGGCGAGGAAGACUGA